AUGGAUGCGUCAUUCCUGCUGUGGGGAUUACAGUCAGGUGUCUGUACGGACCAGACUUCAGUUCAGGAGGAGAUUGUGAAUGUGCACAAUGCCUUCAGAAGGGCUGUGAUGCCAACGGCCAGCAACAUGCUGAAAAUGAGCUGGAGUCAGGCAGCGGCAGAUUCGGCUCAGGGUUGGAUUGAUCAGUGUAACAUGACACAUGGUCCAGCAAGCUCUCGCUUGAUUAACGGAUAUGAGUUGGGUGAAAAUCUCUUCAAGGCAUCUGCUGUCUAUCAGUGGACUGAUGUAGUAACUAGCUGGCACAGCGAAGUCAACAAUUAUGAAUAUGCAUAUGGAUCCAUCAAUGGUCAACCCACUGGACAUUACACACAGGUGGUGUGGUACAGCUCAUACGAGGUCGGAUGUGCCGUGGCUAAAUGUGGAAGCUUCUACUUCUAUGGAUGCCAUUAUUACCGCGCUGGAAAUUUCAGAACAGUACCACCAUACUCACUGGGCAAUCCUUGCGCUGCCUGCCCAAACAACUGCGAAGACAACCUUUGCACUAAUCCUUGUCCAUAUAUCAACAAAUACAUCAACUGUGCCGACUUAAAAGAAAACGCCACAUGCGACAACUACUUUGUGAGCAAAUGGUGUCCUGCUAGCUGUCAAUGUGAUGACAAAAUCGUCCCCGUCGCAAGAAAAUGAGUCUUUUAUUGCCAUUUUCCAUGAAACCACUUUUCAGUCAAUAUGAUUGUUCAUCUUUAGCGACUCUUUCUUAUAAUGUGAAAUUUGUACAUCCUAUAGCACACAAAUCAUGUAUUUCUUUCUACAGUAUGUGGAUAACCUCAAAUAUGUCUACAUUUCCUGCAACGUUUCCUGAUGUUUAGUACAACAGAACAUGUCAUGACAAUGAAACAUGAACAAGGAAACAGUGAUUUGACAAGACUAUAUAAAAAUCCAGUUUCAUUUACUGUAAGCUCUGAUUUGUAAUUACAUUACCUCUUUUUCAGUCAAACUUACAUAACAAUAUAGAAGUAAAAACCACUUGUUUUGUAAGCCUUAUAAACCAUGACACUGAAAAUAAAAUCAGUUGAAAGCACAAAAUAUUGACUACUGCCACUCUGACUCUGUAUUUAUCGAAUAUGUACAUUUACUGUAGUUCUCUUGCCAAAAUGUUC